AGUGUACACACACCCUUUCCCUUGACCUAAUAAACCUCAUAAACCCCCUCUCUUAGCUCCCCACACACACAUUUCACACUCUUCUAGUUCUAUAUCUAUAUACAUACACACACAAUAUAUAUAGAAAGAGGAAGACAAAAAUCUAGAGAGAGAAACAAGAAAAACAACACACAAAAAUAGAAACAAUGGCAGCCACUUCAACUUCAACCCAAGAAUUCCUAGACGACUUUCGUUGCCCAAUUUCACUCGAAAUCAUGUCCGACCCGGUUAUCCUCUCUUCGGGUCACACCUUUGACCGUGCUUCAAUCCAACGUUGGGUUGACUCCGGCCACCGUACUUGCCCCAUUACUAAACUCCCCAUACCCGACCCGGUUACACUGAUCCCUAAUCACGCCCUUCGUAGUCUCAUUUCCAAUUAUACCCUCGUCUCUUUCCCUAAACCACUAUCUUACCCCGACCCACAAUCCCUCAUCCAAACCCUAAUUAAUUCUUCUUCCCCAAUGGAUUCUAAGCUCAACUCGCUGGACCAACUCAGCAAGCUCUCAAAACGUGACUCAGCGAUUCGAAGGAAAUUAACCGAAUCAGGUGCUAUUUCAGCUGUGCUGAAUUGUGCUCAAUUACAGGAAAAAGCGCUUCAUUUGUUGCUGAAUUUGAGUUUAGAUGAUGAUAAUAAAGUCGGGUUAGUUGCUGAAGGAGUGGUGGGGAAAGUAGUUGCAGCGUUAAGGACAGGUGGCGGCGAUUCAAGGGCGGUCGCCGCCACGGUUCUAACGAGUUUAGCAGUUGUAGAAGUGAAUAAAGCAACAAUUGGGGCAUACCCAGAUGCAAUUCUUGGAUUGAUUUCACUUCUUUGGUGUGGAAAUGUUAGAGAGAGAAAAGAAGCAGCUACUGCACUGUAUACGCUGUGUUCUUUUCAUGAUAAUCGGGUUCGGGUUGUUGAGAAUCAGGCUGUGGAGAUAUUGAUAAGGAAUGCGAAUUCGGGGUUAGAAAGAGCUGUUGAGGUAUUGGGAUUGUUAGCGAAAUGUAAAGAGGGUCGUCAGGAGAUGAUUAAAUUUGGUGGGUUGUUGGAUGUUUUAGUUAAGUUGUUGAAAAAUGGGUCAUCAAGAGCUGUGCAAUAUGCUUUGUUGACUAUAAGUUUGUUGUGUAAUUAUAGUGAAAGGAUGAGGGUGUUGGUUGUAAGAGAAGGGGUGUUUGAGAUUUGUGUUGGAUUAUUGGAAGAUGAUAAUGAGAAAGUUAGAAGGAAUGCUAAUAGUUUGAUUAAUGUUUUGCAAGGAAAAAAAUUGAGUCUUUGAUUUGGUUAAUUAAGGAAAAAAAAAAAGGUUGUGAAUUUGGAAAGUGUUAAUUUUUGAUGGAUUUAUGGAAAGCAUUGGAGGGUGAAGAAGGUGAGUUGGGUAUUCUCAUUUUGUUGAAUAGUUUUUCUUUGUACAAAAUGAUUAGAAUUUUAGGGCAAAAAAAAAAAUGUGUAUCUCUCUCUCUCUUUUGUUUUUAUAUUUUGAAAAUAAAGAUGAAAAAGAAAAUCAAUGGUUAUUAUAUUGUUGUCUUUCUCCUUAUAUUAAACUUUUACUUCUUUUAAUGUAAAACUAAAAUCCAUUCUUCAGGUUAAAUGCUUAUAUAAAUUUUAUCCCCAGUUUUUCCUUAUAGUGAGUAGUCAAUAUUAGGAAUUUGGAAAGUGUUAAUUUUUGAUGGAUUUAUGGAAAGCAUUGGAGGGUGAAGAAGGUGAGUUGGGUAUUCUCAUUUUGUUGAAUAGUUUUUCUUUGUACAAAAUGAUUAGAAUUUUAGGGCAAAAAAAAAAAUGUGUAUCUCUCUCUCUCUUUUGUUUUUAUAUUUUGAAAAUAAAGAUGAAAAAGAAAAUCAAUGGUUAUUAUAUUGUUGUCUU